GCUUCUCAUUUCCGUCCCGGGAUCCAUAAAUAUAAAUCCCCACGUGGAUCCGACCCGACCCGAAAUAAACUCUCAGAUAAUGGAUCGGCCCAGCUUCCUUAUCCACGCCGAAGAAGCCGAAUCCGCCGCGAAACGACACGGCGUCUCCGUCGUCAACCUCCUCCCUCUGCUCGUCAACCCAGCGAAACCCCUCGCUCGCCCUCCGAUCUCGAAAUUCCCGGUCUCAGCAGUCGGACUCGGAUCAUCGGGUCGGAUCUUCGUAGGCGUCAACGUCGAGUUCCCAGGCCUCCCUCUCCACCACUCGAUCCACGCCGAGCAGUUCCUCGUCACCAACCUCACGCUCAACUCCGAGCCGAACCUCCGCCACUUCUCCGUCUCCGCCGCUCCCUGCGGCCACUGCCGCCAGUUCCUCCAGGAGAUCCGCGACGCCCCCGAUAUCAAAAUCCUAAUCACCGAUCCAAACGCCUUCCGCGACACCGUGACGGAUAAAGAAAACGCCGUUAAGGAUGAAAACGACGCCGUUACGGAGAAAGAAGAAGACGGAUACGUGCGUUUAGAGAGCAUUUUGCCGCACAGAUUCGGCCCUAACGAUCUCCUCGAGAGAGACGUUCCUUUACUCCUCGAGCCACACGAUAACCGUCUCACUCUCUUAGGUGUCACCAACGGUCAUGUAGAUUCCGAUUUAAAGCUAACGGCUUUAACGGCUGCGAAUAGAUCUUACGCGCCGUAUAGUCGGUGUCCGUCGGGAGUGGCGCUGGUGGAUUGCGAAGGGAGAGUGUACAGAGGAUGGUACAUGGAGUCAGCUGCGUAUAAUCCUAGCUUGGGGCCUGUGCAAGCGGCGCUGGUUGAUUUCGUGGCGAAUGGUGGAGGAGGAGGGUUUGAGAGGAUCGUUGGAGCGGUGUUGGUGGAGAAGAGAGAUGCGGUGGUGCGUCAGGAGCAUACGGCGAGGAUGCUUUUGCAGGUUAUUGCUCCGAAAUGCGAUUUCGAGGUGUUUCAUUGUUAAAGGGUGCUGAGAUUCUUGUGAGAAGCUAAUAAAAACUAAAGCUUUUGUUCGUAAAUUAAAGUCAUGAACUUUCAAUUUGAUGCAAUGUUUAUGUGAUGUUGUUGUUGAUGAUGAUGAUGAUAAAAAAACCAAUGUUUUGUUUGUAAA